CAGGUAGCAGGUUCGGCUGCGCGGGGGCCCGCGAGCCUGAGGUAAAUACUGGGGUGGUGGGUGUGGGGUUCCGGGCCGGCCCCGGACACGCCGGCUAUGAAGCCGGGGCCGGGGCGUUGAGCGGCGGCCGAGAAGGGCACUUUGAAUUGCUGUCUUUUUACAGCAUGGACACCAGGUUGUUAACAACUUGCUUUGGGACUUCCAGUAACUUCAUUUUGGGGGAUUUUAUGACAGAUUUGCUAGUGGCUCCUUUUUGUGAGUUGAUGUUCUGAAGUUACUGUCACAAUGAGUUCAGGCCUAUGGAGCCAAGAGAAGGUUACUUCACCUUACUGGGAAGAACGGAUUUUUUAUCUGCUUCUUCAAGAAUGCAGUGUAACAGACAAACAGACACAGAAACUCCUAAAAGUACCCAAAGGAAGUAUAGGACAGUACAUCCAAGACCGUUCUGUGGGGCAUUCAAGAGUUCCUUCUGCAAAAGGCAAGAAAAAUCAGAUUGGAUUAAAAAUCUUAGAGCAACCGCACGCAGUUCUAUUUGUUGAUGAAAAGGAUGUUGUAGAAAUCACUGAGAAAUUUACAGAGUUACUGUUGGCAAUUACCAACUGUGAGGAGAGGCUCAGCCUAUUUAGAAACAGAAUUCGACUAACUAAAGGCCUCCAGGUAGAUGUGGGCAGCCCUGUGAAAGUACAGCUGCGAUCUGGGGAAGAGAAAUUUCCAGGAGUUGUACGCUUCAGAGGACCUUUAUUAGCGGAGAGGACAGUUUCGGGGAUUUUCUUUGGAGUAGAAUUGCUGGAAGAAGGUCGUGGCCAAGGUUUCACUGAUGGGGUAUAUCAAGGGAAACAGCUUUUUCAGUGUGAUGAAGAUUGUGGCGUGUUUGUGGCAUUGGACAAGCUGGAGCCCAUAGACGACGAUGACAAUGGAUUGGAAAGUGAUUUUGCAGCCCCAGGGGAUACAAUGCAGGCUGAACCUCCCCCUUUGGAAAUAAACUCCAGAGUUUCUCUGAAGGUUGGCGAAAGUGUAGAAUCUGGAACAGUAAUAUUCUGUGAUGUUUUGCCAGGAAAAGAGAGUCUAGGAUAUUUUGUUGGUGUGGACAUGGAUAACCCUAUUGGCAACUGGGAUGGAAGGUUUGAUGGAGUACAACUUUGUAGCUUUGCAAGUGUUGAAAGUACAAUUCUUCUGCACAUCAAUGAUAUCAUUCCAGAGAGCAUGACACCGGAAAGGAGGCCUCCCAAACUUGCCUUUAUGUCAAGAGGUGUUGGUGACAAAGGUUCAUCUAGUCAUAAUAAACCAAAGGUUACAGGAUCUACCUCAGACCCUGGAAGUAGAAGCAGAUCUGAAUUAUUUUAUACCUUAAAUGGGUCAUCUGUUGACUCACAACAACAAUCCAAAUCCAAAAAUCCAUGGUACAUCGAUGAAGUUGCAGAAGACCCUGCAAAGUCACUUACAGAGCUGUCUCCAGACUUUGGACAUUCAUCACCUCCACCACAACCUCCUUCCAUGAACUCCUUAUCCAGCGAGAACAGAUUUCACUCUCUACCGUUCAGCCUGACCAAGAUGCCCAAUACUAACGGCAGCAUUGCUCACAGCCCACUGUCACUGUCAGUGCAGUCUGUGAUGGGCGAGCUGAACAGCACGCCUGUCCAGGAGAAUCCACCUUUGCCCAUCUCUUCUGGUAAUACAUACGGCCUAGAGGUGGGCUCACUGGCUGAAGUGAAAGAGAAUCCCCCAUUCUAUGGGGUUAUCCGUUGGAUUGGCCAGCCGCCUGGGCUCAGUGACGUGCUAGCUGGACUAGAACUGGAGGAUGAAUGUGCGGGCUGUACAGAUGGCACGUUCAGGGGCACGCGCUAUUUCACCUGCGCCCUGAAGAAGGCCCUGUUCGUGAAACUGAAGAGCUGCAGACCCGACUCUAGGUUUGCAUCCCUGCAGCCUGUUUCCAAUCAGAUUGAAAGAUGUAAUUCUUUAGCAUUUGGAGGCUACUUAAGUGAAGUAGUAGAAGAAAAUACUCCACCAAAGAUGGAAAAAGAAGGUUUAGAGAUAAUGAUUGGAAAGAAGAAAGGCAUCCAGGGCCAUUACAAUUCUUGUUACUUAGACUCAACUUUAUUCUGCUUAUUUGCUUUUAGUUCUGCCCUGGAUACUGUGUUGCUUAGACCUAAAGAAAAGAAUGAUGUAGAGUAUUAUAGUGAGACCCAGGAGCUACUGAGGACAGAAAUAGUUAAUCCUCUGAGGAUAUAUGGAUAUGUGUGUGCCACAAAAAUUAUGAAACUGAGGAAAAUACUUGAAAAAGUUGAGGCUGCAUCAGGAUUUACCUCUGAAGAAAAAGAUCCUGAAGAAUUUCUAAAUAUCCUGUUUCAUGAUAUUUUAAGGGUUGAACCAUUGUUAAAAAUAAGAUCAGCAGGUCAGAAAGUCCAAGACUGCAACUUCUAUCAGAUCUUUAUGGAAAAAAAUGAGAAAGUUGGAGUUCCUACAAUUCAGCAGUUACUAGAAUGGUCUUUUAUCAACAGCAACCUGAAAUUUGCAGAGGCACCAUCAUGCUUGAUUAUUCAGAUGCCUCGGUUUGGAAAAGACUUCAAAAUGUUCAAAAAAAUUUUCCCUUCUCUAGAAUUAAAUAUAACGGAUUUGCUUGAAGACACUCCCAGGGAGUGUCGCAUCUGUGGAGGACUUGCGAUGUUCGAGUGUAGAGAGUGCUAUGAAGACCCUGACAUCUCAGCAGGGAAGAUCAAGCAGUUCUGUAAGACUUGCUGCACUCAGGUUCACCUCCAUCCCAAGAGAAUGAAUCAUACAUAUCACCCAGUAUCACUUCCCAAAGACUUGCCUGACUGGGACUGGAGACACGGCUGCAUCCCCUGCCAGAAGAUGGAGUUAUUUGCUGUUCUCUGCAUAGAAACGAGCCACUAUGUUGCUUUUGUGAAGUAUGGGAAGGAUGAUUCAGCCUGGCUCUUCUUUGACAGCAUGGCUGAUCGAGAUGGGGGUCAGAAUGGCUUCAACAUUCCACAAGUGACACCCUGCCCUGAAGUGGGAGAGUACUUGAAGAUGUCUUUGGAGGAGCUGCACUCCUUGGAUUCCAGAAGGAUUCAAGGCUGUGCACGCAGACUUCUUUGUGAUGCGUACAUGUGCAUGUACCAGAGCCCAACCAUGAGCUUGUACAAAUAAUACGUCAUCUGAAAUGGGCAGAGGCCAAGCACAAAGCUUAACACCAUGUUUCUUCCAGCUGGCACCCAUUGCCGGCAAUGGGUGUCUUUUGUGUUGAUGGCCCUUUAGCAAAGGAUUCCUGUGUUUUUAAACAAAUUACUUUUGUGUUCUUGAAGUAUUUAACGAACAUUUUGCACUCUAGGAAAUAUGUUUUGUUGGUUUUUUAAAAAGUUUAAAUGAAGUUUAGUUUAAAUGAAGUUAAGUUUAGUUUUCUUUAAGUUUAUUGAGUUUAUUGCAUUGAUAUUAUAAUAUUUUUGGAAAGAUACAAUUUUAAUUGUGACGUCUAAAAUCUUUUAGUCCAUUGAGGAUGUAAGUAAAUAUUUCUUCUUAUGGACCAAGGAUAUUAAAUCAUUUUUCUUUUUUGAUUGCCUUGAGGAAGAAAUAAUAUGGUUUUAUUGAGUCUGCCUUUAUUCCAGUUCUUGAAGGUGUGCUGAGUUUGUUAAUUUUUCCUAUAUAGUGCUGAUUUCCUGCAUGUCUGUAUUUUGCCGAGUUUCUGUGUUCCUGCAGCAGUGGUCAGAACAUGCUGAAAUUCCUUUCAUGGUGUUAUUUUCUAUUUGUUCUGGUUUUGAGACAAAUGAGUAACUUUGUUAUAAAAUGUCCAUUUUUGGUUUCAACUUGGAGGAUUAGGGUAGAGAGCAAUUGGAACAUCUCAGUGAUAACUGUCACCAGGCAGGUUUCCUAUAGGAGCUCUUAAGUAUUUAUGGAGCAAGGCACGGUGACUUAUGUGACUGGAGUGGUAAUAGAUAAUGUAUUCUUAUACAGAUCACAGUACAGAAAAAAUAAAGUUGGCUUAGAGAUAUUACUAAUAUUUUCCUGAAGAGAUCUAUUAGGUUUGAAGGCUUCAAAGACAACUUCUCUUUGUGUUAAUAUGGGAUCAAACAAUGCUAUUGUCUGUAGCAGUCAUUCUAUUUAAGUGUGAAUAAGUGGAUAUUGACUCUGUGUUUAUCUUUGUUUACAUAUGAACUUAUAUAUUAAGUACAUUUGGUAUGUGUACCUCAGCACUAUAUUCCUAGAGGGAUUAGCAGUCUUUGGAAUGUGCAUAAAUCUUAGAGGGUAUUUGAUGGUACUUACUUGGAUAUUUCCUUCCACCCUAUUUCUAUAGAAACAGAGGCUCUGGGAGCCAAAGAAAUAGACAAAAUUCUCAUGUUGAAGGGGAAAAAAAAUCACUGAAUUGAUUUCUCUCUACUACUUAAUAAUGUAAACAUUUAACUUCUGAGAGGAUUUUUUCCUGCACCACCACACUACCAGAUGACAGGUCUUUAUGUCAGAAGUAGGAUAUCCUUCUCAGAAUAUAUAGGUCAUGAGACCUCUGUUUAAAAACAAGACUGCCCUCCUUGGGCUUGGUGAUUCCGGCACCACUCCCAGUGCUUCAUCAGGGAGAUAGUUGUUUAGUGCAGCUGGGAUAGGUGGAGAAGAUGUAACGGUGGAAACUGGUGAGCAGAAAGGGGCCGGAGGAGGCGAUGAGCCACCCGUCACAGCAGAGGACAGGACUUGCGUGAAGGCAAACUUCUGUGGCUUUGGGCCUUGGCCCUCUUAUCAAGAUGUCAAAGUGUGACUUCCUGGCAAGGAAUUAGGCUCCUGUGUGAGCUGUUGUGGGUUGUCUCAGGUGGGGGCCUGGCUGGAGUUGUUGAGGAUCUAUGCUUUGUCUUAUUCUAGAUCCUAAAGGGUUUCUCUUGGGCCCAAAUGUGGUGACAAGCUGAGCAGCAGAGAUGGCCAGGAGUAGUGAACAGUGGGAAUUUUGGGGAUAAACCCUUGCUGGUGGGUGGCCUUAAAUGGCAUUACUUUAUCCUGAGGACUCUCCUGGCAGUGCUGACAGUUGACUGUCGUCAGAUUUUAGUUCUCGUUUUCUUCCUAACGGAUUUGAGGGAGAAGGGCUAUCGAUGGAGGGGUUGUCCUUCCAGGCACCAUAGGCCUCUGCACAGUUCUCUUGUGCUUUUAAAUACUGUUGAUGUUCACUAGUUAUUCAUUCUAAAGGGAUUAUGCGGGAGACGCAACUGUCUUUGGUUUUAUAUUAUGAAAUAGCCUUGUAUUGUGGAAUGUUAACUCUGGAGAGUCGCCCUCAUACUCAAAGUAUUCAUUAAAAAAAUCCCCUGAUACUUCCUAGGGGGGUGUGGCUAUUAUCAGGCUGACCCAAAGGAACACAUUUUGUAUUCCAUUUCCUUUACUGGUAUCUUGUUAAAAAAAUUUUUGCCUGAAGAAUAUUCUUUUGUUUAUGAAAACAUGAAUAACAUUGUAUAAAACAGUCCCUUUCUGUCAGAAUGCUCCAAUGUAGCCUUAAUUUUGUUAAACUUAGAGACAAUUGAAGUGCUGCUGUGGAAAGAAAUGUACCAUGUACUAUUUCUGUAUCAUUAAAAUGCAGUUUUUAUGGUUC